AUUCGUCUAUCAAUCUCGUUCCUAAAUUUGGAAUUUCCGGUCCUAAACUCUUAAUUUCCUCCCCUUCCGAUACAUUCAAACAUUUUUAUUUUUAUUUUGCUUUUUGAAGGUAUGUGACGGACCCAUACUACGAGUACAAGGGCAUGAACAUCGACUACGCGCUCCUCAACGGCGUGUCGCCGGCGGUGACGGACAACGGCCUCCAGUACACCAACAUGAUGGACGGCCUCGUGGACGCCUUCUACACUUCGCUGAGCAAGCUCGGGAUCACGAUGCGGGUGAUCGUCGGCGAGACCGGCUGGGCGUCGGGAUCCACGGUGAAAUACGCCACCCCGAAGCUGGCCGGCGAGUACAUCUACAACCUGGCGGAGCGGCUGAGGAACAACGUCGGGACGCCGCUGAAGCCCAACUGGCCGGUGGAGACUUUCAUCCACACGCUCUACGUCCAGGACAAGAACAACAACGGGCUGUACAAAUGGUACGGAAUGUUUUAUCCCAAUGGGUCGCCGGCGAAUCCUUUCCUCAACCUUUGAUAACAAAGAGGGAUGAGAGAGAGAGAGCGCGCUUAAAUUAGGGUAUUGUAUUUUUUUGGUAAUCAGGCGAAUUCGAGCUAGAUCGAAUCGGGUUAUGGUUUUGUUAAUCCACACUUGUUUAAACAAAUUUCAAAUAAAGCUGUUCGAUGUUCUUGAUGAUCUACCUGACAAAUCUAAAUUUCAUUAACCCUACUCCUAUGGAGAUUCAGUGGAGCUCCGAAACUACAACUAUGGUCUAUGAGUAUGACUACAUUUGAAGAGAAAAAGGUAAAGUUAAAGAUAAAGUUUGACAAUAGGUUGUCUGGUGUCAUUUUGGCGAACCUCUUCUCCGCAUCUUCACCUCCUAUUUAUAACCACCUGAAGUAACUGUCUCGAGAAACCGCUCUGCUGACGUGGAAUUGCGGUUACCCUCUCAACUGCUCUGAUUAUGCCCCGCCAUUGGUAGUAAUCCCCUCUUCAGUCUUAGCCCCCUUGUUUCGAUAGCUAUGCUUGCCAAUUGAGGAAAAUGAAGAAGCGUGAAGACCCCCUUGCCACAUGUGGGUGGGUGUUUGGAUCACAUAGGGUAAAAAUGGCAAAAUGAACUCACCACUAUAGUCCACAAGAGCGACAUACUUGGCCAUAUUUCACCCACUAGAGGGUAUAAUAGCUAUGUCGCUCACGUCGCCACCAUUUCCAGAUCCUCUGGCCAAAACUUGUGAGGUUUAUGUUAAUGCCACUCCCUGAUCAUCUCAUGGGGGCGUAUGCCGAUCACCCUUUUGACUAUACCAUGGGUGAUAAGCUCAUGGGGGUGGCACGCUGAUGACCCCUCCUGACUACCACAUGAGGGGCAUACGUUGGUGACCACCCCCUGAUCAUAUCAUGUGGGGUGCUCCUUAUCAUCCUCAUCAUUUUCCAUACUUAGCCAAAUUUCCAACUCACCACAUCAUGGGGGUGACGGUAUGUCGACCACCCCCUCACCACUUCAUGGGGGUGGCAGUAUGGUGAUCACCCCCCUCAGCACAUUAUGGGGUGACGGUAUGUCAACCACCCUCUCACCACGUCAUGGGGGUGACAGUAUGUCGACCACCCCCCUUACCACGUCAUGGGGGUGGCUCCAACACUUAGCCAAAUUUUGGAAUAAAUGACAAGGGUGGCGCGCAUGAUGGCAUUGGCAUGGGUGCCAUGAGCCCAAAAAUCCAAACCACGUGACUCAUUUUAAUAAUUAUAAUUAAGUUGGCCUUAUAAAACCAUUUAAUCCCUUGUGAUGUGGUAUGAAUUGAUUUUUCAGUGGUAAACAAAUUGUUUAGAUGGAAUGUGGUUAGUUAUAAGAAGGUUAUGUGAAUAAGAAGGGAGCUAGCUAGGAUGUUCUUUGGACAAGGAUAACUAGAGGAUGAAAAUGUUGAUUACUUGAUUAGUCUCGUUCGACUCGAUAUAUAUAUACUAGUAAUCUAGUAUGGUGUUGGAAUUGAUAUUCAGAGACGAUAAUAUUAUAGUGUAACUUUUGAUGACAUGAAAUUGAGUUCGACAUGUCGAAUAUAUAGUAGAUUUUUGUCUAUUUUUCUGUUUCGAAAUUCAUGCAAUUUGUAUGUUAUAUAUAUCUCGACUUGAGUUGGUUAGUUAUAAGAAGGUGUAAUGUGAAUAAGAAGUGAUUUGUUUGGAUAUAGAUAGUUGGGGUACGAAAGGUUAUAAUAUUGUUAAGAUGAAGCGAUUUUUUUUUUUUGCUAAAUAUUUCAAAAUAGAUGUCUUCUAUUAGAACACAAAGCAUAUAAUUUUAAUACGCAAUUUGAGUUAAAAAAUGAUAUAUGAUUCGGAAAAAAAUUAUGAAAAGUCAUAACACCACCUAAAACCCCACAUAAACACACCCCCAAUCCUCUACAAACAAAAUCCACAAAAUCCUACUACAUUAAUGAAUAAAAUUGAGUUAUGAAGCAUAGUUAAUAAAAUACGAUAUAUGCAAGUUAAGUAUAAAAUAUGUAUUGGUAUUUUGCUUCAUUUCUAAAUUAAUGUUAAGUUUAAUG